AAUUAUUGCGCCAGUUGCAACAACACAAAAAGGUUGUUUGACAGCGUGAAAUCUGCGGUGAUGCAUUGAGCGCUGCAGUCAAUGGAUCGGAUGAUGGAGGAUUUCUCCGGCCUGGCCCUGCCGCCUCUCUUUGGGGGCCACAUCCUGGAAGCAGAACUGGAGCCAGGUGGGGUGGAACUGGGCCCAGGGGAGGUAGAGCUUGGCCCUGGGGUCAGCGAGUUGCUAGAGGGCAGAGGUCAAGGGUCAGGAGCAAGGCCAGAGCAGCAGCAGGAGGAGAGGAGAGAAUUGGAGAAAAGGAAGUACCUGGCUUUGAUCAAGAGGUGUACGGAGUUUGAACAGGUGAAUGAGAAGAUCCUUGGUCGCCUUCACCAGGUACAAAGACUAACACGUCGCAUGAAGAAAGAGAGAAGGUUCCUAAUGAAGACCCUCGACGCCCAUGGAGAUGACUAUAGAAAUGCACAGCUCACCAUAUCGCUUGAGGAAGAGUCUGGUGCCCAUUUAGACAUCUGCUCUGGAGCAGAAGGUGAUAGGCUGAAUGACCUUCCUAGCUCCUCCCCCUCUGUCCCUUUCCAAUCCACAGUGGGAUCCAAGAAGAAGAGGCAUCGAGUUCUAAAACAGGAGAAAGACCCACAGACUGAAGCAGACAUCUCCAUGUUGGCAGAGACGCAGUUCAGUGACUUUCCCAGCCCAACCGCUUUGUCUCACUGACCAGGGGAAUGGCCGGCUGCUAGUGGGAGGAGAAAUGAGGCAGCAUUCUGUUGCUUGGACUCCCACUUCCCCAGAUGUGAUGUCACUGAAACACAUACAGCCAGGGCUCUUUGGGAUGUUCUGAAAGUUGUAUUGGGCUUGAGUUCUGAAAUAAUGGAAUAGGAUGAAGCUACACCUGAUCCAAGGUUCUACUACGUGGAUGCUGUCUUCAGAACCUUGCAGAUAGAAAUGAAAAACAUAGUGGAUAAGAUUAUAAUUUAUGCACAACUAUGGUCUAUGGAAAUGGCUGAAGGUCUUGACCAUGGCAGUCCACCCAUUCUGCUCGAGUAGAGAAUGCAUGGUCCGGUCCUUGCGGAAGUUACAUUGACAGUACAUGCAUUGAUGUGAACCUUUUAUCAGGAUACUCUGAACAUGUUUCAUGAUUGUUUGUCGACGUGAUGCUUACUAAAUGUUCCGUAUAAAAUGUUUAUUCAGAA